GAGGAAACCACUGACAAAUCAGUUCCAGUGUUGACUACAGAGGUGUGGGUGGGUUAGUAGAGGAGAGAAGCCGGUGCAGGUUGUAAGUGGUGUUAACGUAAAUAAUAUGGUUUCUAUAAUACCACGAGUGUUUAGGGAGUCCCUUCCUGGACUACUACACCUGGGAAGUGGGUUCAGUAGACAGGAUGUUUUACGGACAGCUGCACCUGCUCUGCAGAGAGCUUACCAUGAAGUUACUGGUGAUGAACUUUGUCCCAAUAUGGUGCGUGGUAUAGAUCACCUGCGAGAUCCGAGGCUAAACAAGGGUUUAGCGUUUACCUUAGCUGAAAGACAGCGCUUAGGAAUUCAUGGGCUGAUGCCUCCAAGAUUCAAAACACAGGAAGAGCAGUUAGAACUCUGUAAAGUUAGUGUAGAACGAUACCAGGAAGAUCUGAACAAGUACUUGUACCUCAUUGAACUGCAGGAUCGCAAUGAACGGCUCUUCUUCCGGCUUCUAUCAGAAAAUGUGGAGCAGAUGAUGCCUAUUGUUUAUACUCCUACAGUCGGCCUUGCUUGCCAGAAGUUUGGUCUUAUUUACCGGAGAGCACGUGGGCUAUUCGUCACCAUCAAUGAUGCUGGACAUGUCUACAAUGUCAUCAAAAACUGGCCUGAAUCUGAUGUGCGAGCCAUUGUUGUGACAGAUGGUGAACGUAUACUUGGCCUGGGUGAUCUAGGUGCCUGUGGCAUGGGAAUUCCUGUUGGAAAACUUGCACUGUACACUGCUCUUGCUGGAAUCAAGCCUCACCAAUGUCUGCCCAUAACAAUUGAUGUAGGAACAAACAAUCAGCAAUUGCUCGAUGACCACCUCUACAUUGGCCUGAGGCAUAAAAGAGUGACUGGCGAACGAUACGAUGCCCUCAUUGAUGAAUUCAUGCAUGCUGUUGUGAGGCGCUAUGGCCAGAAUGUACUCAUCCAAUUUGAAGACUUCGGAAAUCACAAUGCUUUCCGUUUCUUGGAUAAGUACCGUAAUAAGUACUGUACGUUCAAUGACGACAUCCAGGGCACGGCAAGUGUAGCAGUUGCAGGUUUACUGGCAUCUCGCCGUCUCACCAAUACAAGACUCUCGGAUAAUACAAUUCUCUUCUUAGGGGCUGGAGAGGCAGCAAUUGGCAUUGCAGACCUUUGUGUUCAAGCAAUGCAGACAGAGGGAACCACUCUCCAAGAAGCAAGAGAUAAGAUCUGGAUGGUUGACAUUGAUGGUUUGCUAGCCAAAAACAGACCUGAGGGCAAACUGGAUGGUCACAAGGCAUAUUAUGCUAAGGACCAUGCAGCCACAAAGAGUCUUGCUGCUGUUGUGAAGGAGAUCAAACCUUCAAUACUAAUUGGUGCAUCAGCUGCUGGAGGAGCCUUCACACCAGAAAUUUUGAAGGAUAUGGCAUCUUUCAAUGAGAGACCUGUUAUAUUUGCUUUGAGCAAUCCAACAAGUAAAGCUGAGUGCACUGCUGAACAAGCAUAUACAAACACAGAGGGCCGCUGCAUUUUUGCCAGUGGUUCUCCGUUCCCACCUGUACAGCUUGAUGGUAAAACUUACUAUCCAGGACAAGGAAACAAUGCCUACAUUUUCCCCGGCAUUGCAUUAGGCGUUAUUGUCACAGGCAUUCAUCAUAUUGAGGAACAGCUGUUUCUUAUUGCUGCACAGACAGUUGCAGACCAUGUGACUGAUGCUGAUCUGGCUAAUGGAAGACUGUAUCCUCCUCUGGGGUGCAUAAGAGAAUGUUCAGUCAACAUUGCCACACGUAUAGCAGAGUAUGCAUACAAGAAAGGUACAGCAUCAGUAUACCCAGAGCCCGAGGACAAGCAAGCAGUAGUUUUGUCUGCUAUGUAUAAUCAUAAUUACGAAGAUGCACUACCUGAUGUAUAUCCAUGGCCUGAACUUCCUGCAUCCAAGAGUGUUACUAUAGAUAAGCCUACAAAAGCAAGGAGCAUAGAGUUGUAGGCCUAAGUAACAGAAAACCCACCAGCAAAGGUAGAAAUUCCUUUGUUUUGUGCACCACAUGUUACUGUCUGUAGAAAGACGCAAAACCCCUACCCCUCUUCCAAUUAACAUUUUUUCAUCAAUAAUGUCACCAUUAGUGAGCACUCACCAUUCUUGUAUGUAAAUGUUAAUGGGAGACUAGAUAUUAAUUUAUUUUUAUAAUUUUUGAUAUUUUGUCAUGUCAGUUAAGUAGAAACUAUUUUAUUUUUAACAAAUUUCAUCCAUAAUGAUCUUACUCUUAUUAGUUAUUUACAGUGACUAAUAUUUCUGCCUAAGUACAAAAUAUUACUGUUGUUAAAUACUUACUAAAGUAGGUAGCCCCCUUAUGAACAUAUACAGAGGGUUGUCAUUACAAUUUAACUAACUGAAGCAUAAGUACAGUGUGUACCAGAACUAUACUCAAAGGCUACAAAGAUUUCCAUUGAUGUCAGUAACACAUUAUGUGUGUAUAAGUGUGGCCUCUACACCCAGUAAGAUCUGCAGAAACCUCUUAAGAUACUUUGAUUUCUUUAAAUAAUUUAUUAGUUUCACUUUUGUUCCAGUGACUAAAGGUAGAAACUGAGUGUAUGUUGAUCAACAAAGUAUAUGGACUUUCUUGUUACGUAUAUUGAUUUGUGAUACUGUAAAAUUUUACCAGUCAUACCAGUUCGCUCAUUGUUCUUUCUUCUGUCUCCUAAUUUUGUGGUAUUGUCCUUUGUUAUCCAGUUAAAAUAAAGUGCUCUAAUUAAAGUAAAGGUUAAAAAUGGUGUAUAAGAUACAUGUUUCAUAAAUUUAGAAACCAUUGCAGUCUUAAUAACAGUGUUUAUGAUUCUGGUUUUUAUUCAAAGUUCCUAUAGAAACUUGUCAGAUUUGUGUGUUAUUUGCUGGAAAAACCAAACUUAUUGUGAUAGAACGGAUCUUUUUAAGCCGUACCAUUUUAGUCAGUUCUUGCUUUAGACAUGUUAACACUUAGUGUGUGUGUUAUGGAUUAUUGCAGAAACAGUAUUAAGAGCAUUGUUCAUUUUAGUCAUAUUUUUCUUCUUCUUCAUUGCUAUCAUCAUCAUUAUUUGCAGGUAAAUCCAGCAUUAUAAAAAUAGAUAAAACCUGUCUGUAUUGACUGGAUAAAAAGCCACGACCUGGCAAACAGCAAUAUGGAAAAACUUGUAAUGAAUGUUAAAGAUUCUGAGGCUUAUUAAGAAUGAAAAAUUAAGAACGAAAAAUAAGAAACAGUAGCAAGGGAAAUAAGACAUUCUUUUGAAACACAUUGAUAUUUUCUCGUGUUGCUUUUGGUCCAGUUGCAGUCCAUACUUUGUUAAAAGUUUUUUAGCCAUCUUCCCUUUUCGGUACCCUUGCACAGUUUAUAGCUUUCAUAGUUAUUUUUGUCUGUGAUUAUUUAUUUAUUUAUUUAUGUAUUUAUGAGUAUUAUUGGUGUUAAUAUCGUUGUGACAGUUCUUCUUACAAUUUUGUUUGUUUGUACCGUCAAAGUCUGUUGCGUGUUUUUUUUGGUGAAUAUUAUGUAACUUUAAACCUUGCUAUAAUGUGUUAAGUGACAACUGACAUUUUCCUGUUUUUCUGAUGAAGUAAUGAAAGAUUGGUCUUCUGUAACUGUGUGUGUUAUCGGGACUAUUUUGAUAUUAGUACAUUUUUUUACUCAGAAUUUAAUUAAUCUUAGUUGUUCAUCAACAGUGAAUUGUGUUAUUUAUUAUCUGUCCCAUUGCGGUAAUAUUUCAUUGAACUGAUGUUUAAUCAAAACAUACUACCCUUAAAUAUUUCCACUAACAAGUAUCCAUCCAUUUAUCACUUUGUUUAUGGAGUUGUGUGUUUGUGCAGGUAUAUACUUGUGUUUUGGAUCGAAGAAGAGAAUUCGAUGAAAGACAGACACAUAGUGCCUUUAGUCCUUUUUCUGGGUGUUUUUCCACAAUUUGUCUAUAUUGUCCACAUUAAAUUUUGUUUAAAAUUGA